AUGACUCAGAAUGACAAUGAUACUAGAGAAAAAGAGAAGGGUGAUCAUGUGUCACGUCAUGACGAGCCAGAAAAACGAGUGAUGGAUAAAGGCCUCUGGCAGCUGAAUUGUGGGAUUAUAUUCAUGCUCGCAUCCUCGGCCGCCAACGGUUAUAAUAUGAGCCUGAUAAAUGGCCUGUUGAGUCUCCCAGAAUUCACCAAGAACAUCGCCCAUGCCGGUGACUCCGUUAUAGGUCUCAUUUCUGGCGGAAUUGCCCUUGGCGGGAUAUGUUCAUUCAUCCCAGCUUCAUACAUGGCAGACAAGUUUGGUCGGAAGCCGAAUGUCGGGAUCGGCUGUAUCAUCAUGAUUAUCGCGGCAAUUGUGCAGACCGUCCGUCCGUAUCCAUGGGUCCUCUUCGGAACUCGAGUCAUGCUUGGUGCUGGGGGUGGACUGAUGCAGUCUGCAGCACCAUCUUUGGUCACUGAGAUUGCACAUCCGGUCCAUCGAGGUGCGCUGACAGCUAUGUACCAAACAGCGUGGUACUGGGGGGCGAUAUUAUCAGCUGCAGUCACACUGGGCAUGCUACACGUGUCAAAUUCUUGGUCCUUGAAAGUUCCAUGUCUUAUGCAGGCCAUUCUACCAAUAGUUCAACUAUUCGGUCUCUGCCUUGUGCCAGAAAGUCCCAGGUGGCACAUCGCCGUUGGACUGUCAGAGGAGGCGCGAGCAACCCUUAUCAAAUAUCAUGCAAACGGAGAUGAACAAAAUGAAGCCGUCAAUGCCCAAUUCCAGGGCAUCUCGAAGGCCAUCCACGGAGAAAUGUCGGAAAUGUCGCGAUCAAGUUGGAAAUCUUUCUUCAAGACCAAAGGGAAUCUCCGACGAUUGACCGUUUGCAUAUUAAUCGGAAUCAUGACAGAAUGGGCAGGUAAUGGUAUUAUCUCGUAUUAUCUCGCCCCAAUCCUCAACUCGGUUGGCAUUCUUAGCCCUCAGCACCAAACAGCCAUCAAUCUCGGUCUUCAAGUAUGGAACACUCUCUGGGCUGCUGCAGGCGCUCUAACCUGUGAACGCUUCGGUCGACGUCGUCUGUGGCUCAUUUCGACCUCAUCCAUGCUUCUGUGUCUCGCUCUCGCCGCUUGUCUCUCUGCCUUGUUUGAAGAGCACAAUCUCCACUCAGCAGGAGUCGGCGUCGUCCCGAUGCUGUUUCUCUUUUUUGCUGCCUACGAUGUAGCGUAUACUCCGUUAUUCAUCGCUUAUCCAGUCGAGAUAAUGUCAUUAUCUCUUCGCUCCAAAGGUCUCGCAGUGACAUUAUUUACCAAUGCCGCUGCGGCGUUCUUCAAUCAGUACGUCAAUCCAAUUGCGUUUGGUCAGAUUGGAUGGAGGCUUUAUUUGGUGUAUCUUGCGUGUCUGGUGGUUUGGUUUGUCAUGAUCUACAUUCUCUUCCCUGAGACAGCAGGACGGAUGUUAGAAGAUAUUGACGCUAUAUUUGAUGGAGAGUCUGCCAACCCGGAACCUUCGGUGUAUUCCGAAUCUGUGCAAAAUAGCAAGGUGAAUUGA